AAACUGGUGGGGGAGAAAGAAAGAAAAAUAAUACCGGAAGUGAGUCACCUUAGAGGGAGGAGCUAAGGAGGGCGGCAGGUAAACGCGGAGAAAAAGGGAAACUAUCAGAGCAUAAAUCCGUUUAACGCUAAGAAAGACGACAAACAGCUGCAGCAUGGCGCUCAAUGACGGGCUGACCCAUUGCAAACUGGCGCUGGCCUUUGCCGUCAUCAUGGACCUGCUGGGGGGGACCGCUCUGCUGGUGGGAAUCUUUGCCCGUCUGCAGAUCAAAGGACAGGAUUACGGAGAUUUACUGGUCUACAGUGGUGCUCUGCUCGUGGUGGUCUCCCUCGCCGGCUGGGUGCUGUGGUACAGCGGGAACAUCGAUGGCCUGACCAGCAAGAAGGAGCUCGGACACAUCGGCAGCGCAGUGGACAGGCUGGCGCACACCCUCAGCCGGAAGAUGCGGACACGUAGAGAUCGCCACUGAGCGCGCCUGCUCCGCGGCAACCGCCACGUCUGUUAGUAUUUUGCCUGAAAACUGAGGUCAUGAGCAUUCCUACUGCUUUGUUACAAAAGUGUUUUAUUUUUUACGCCUGUCAGAUUUCAAAUAAACUUUUGGAUUAAA